AUGGAUGCUGUAUUCCCCGCGCACCAAACCUCUGCCGGGCGCAAGGUAGGGAGUGAGCGCAUGCUCCAAAUAUUCCACGGAGACCCGUAUAGCAACUUCAUGAAAGCUGUCGACAACGACACCGGGGAGAUUGUGGCAGCUGCGAAAUGGAACAUUUACAAGGGCGGCGAAGUGCCUCCACAGCCUGAAUUAGAUGGCGACUACUGGGAAAGCAAGGAGGAAAAGGAGUUUGCGCAGUGUAUUUUCCGAGGGUUCCUCGCUCCAAGACAGAAGGUGAUUGAAGAAACAGACGCCCAUCUGGUUGCAUUGGAUAUGUUGAUCGUCGACCCCGCCUACCAGGGCAUGGGUGCUGGCAGGAAGCUAGUUAGAUGGGGUCUUGCCCGGGCUGACGAGAUGGGCGUGGAUGUAAGUUUAUCAACCACGACCAAGCGAAGAUGUUCAACUGAUCAGAACCAGGCUGUUGUUGAAGGAUCAGAUCGGGGUCGGAGACUAUACGCAUCAGAGGGGUUUGAUGGACCCCAUUACAUUGUCCCUGUGCCUGAGAAGUUUGCUGCAAGGCGCAAGCAAACGUACUGGUGGAUGAGGCGUCCGGCCCCGGGAAAGAUGGCGACUUCGUGA